AUGGACCGACAACAGCUUUAUUACUAUUUAUAUCGAGACGCGAAUACGAGCAAUGAUGAACUUGUGCAGGUUGUUGUCAACGAAAUCAAACAUUUUGUCUUUGAUGCCGAGGGAAUCGUCUUGUCUCCGCAAGGUUUUGUGAUUUUUCCACGUUUUCAGGACCAGUAAAAGCCCUUACAAAGGCAUUCAAAAAAUUCAGAAAGUUAUUCUAAACCGUCCUCAAUUCCUGCAUUUUUUUUCUGUAUGCAAGUUUUCAGGGUACUCUGGCAUCCCAGUUGUCGGUCAAACUGCACUAAAUUGCCGAGAGGAUGACCUUUGGAAAAUUCUUGACGUUCUCUUCCGCGUGUCACACAAAGUCGACGGGCUCGUUUUCCGGUAUCUUUUUGCUAUUACAAUUGCAACCCUUUUUCUUAUCCAUCUUCUGAGAAAAUUUGUUUGAAAAAUCUCAUAUUUCAGAAUCGCGACAGCGAACAUCGCAUUGAACCCAUUCUAUAUUGAAGCCGUCAAAAACGAUGUGAUUCCCCGCUGGGCGAACUCUCCAGAGGAUUUCGCGACCAAUGUUAGUUCACUUGUCAUUUAUUGGAACUUUUUUGCCGUUUCAACGUAUUUAAUAAAUAAUACCAAUAAUCCGUUAAUUUACUUGAUGUAAUCUUGAGAUUUUUUUGAAACCUCAGAAUAACAUUCUUUGCAUUUCUAAAAGAUUCAAAAAAGCUGUCAAAAUUUUAAUGUUCAAUAGAGAUUUCGUAAAGUAAUUUUAAACUCUCUAGUCUGGGAGAGCCAAGAAGAAAAAAGAACAACUUUUAUGUCCAAUCCAUCACCCCAACGGAUUCAUUUCUUAUUCCGUUUCCGCGCUCUGCUAGAAUAACUAAUAAUUUUCAAUGAAUAACGGCUUCGAGCAACUUGCAAACCGUUAGAUGUGAAUGAAACUGAAUUACUAAAACAUUUCAGGUCUUUGGCUACGCCGGAGUUUUGCACGUCAUCUCACCGGAAAUCAGGGCAAAGUAUCCUGGCGUCAGCGACGUUGAAAUAAUCAGAAUCGCCAACCGAGAGACCAGGAAUAUUCUUAUCACAGAGAGCGUUAAGCAGGUAUGAGCGUUAAUCUGGUGAAGAAUUCAAAGAAAAAAGAAAAAAGGGGAAUUAAAAACGUUUCUCGUUCAGAACUGCUGUUUUUCGAGGUUCAUUUCAUUCAUAAAAGCAUGCUGAGUUUUGAAAAAAAAACGUUGAAACACAAAAAAUGCUUCCACAAGCUCUUUAAAAUAUGUUUUUCUAAUCAUUAUUUCAAAAAAAUAAGUUCCCUGCCAAUUGAUUUUAUGGAAUAUCUUAGGAUUUUUUUGGGUAAAAAAACUGGCAAUAUCAUUUUUUUAAAAAAACUGGCAGUAAGAAAACGUUGGAAAAAAAGAGGGGCACAAAUCAUUUCCCUGGCACGAUAGUUUUUUUGUUAUCAAUUUCGCAUCAACCAAAAAAAAUUUUUGAAUAUUGUCAAGUCAAAACAUCAAUUUAUUAAAGAUAUUUCAGAUAUUGGAUGCAAAAUCUGCGCGCGAUUUCGGGAUGCAGCGGACGAGUGUGAACUUGCCACAAAACGUCGCCUACAUUGCCAAACAAAGACCCGACCUUCUCAGUGCGGCUAUUCGAGAAUUUUCGAAUUUUGGUCCUCAAGAAUCAAAGGUUCGUUAUAAUUCAAUAAAGUUUCAAAAAUUUUUAGUUCAAUCAUCAAUAAAUGAACAAUUUUUUUACUGCUUCAUCUCGGAAAGUUCUACCAACUUUCUCGAGCUCAAAAAAAUAAUUUCGAGCAAAAAGUUGAAUGUUUGUUGUUGAACGGUCUACUCAAAUGAUGUACUUUGAUAGCUUAAAAAGCAAUGGAUAAUAGCUUUCUACCUUUCGGUUAACCUUGAAAAAAUUUUGUGAAAAUAGAAUCUCGAAAAAAAAAGUAAAAUGAAACGGAAACGGAAAAAUGCGAUAUGUGAGAAUCUUGUGCUCCUUGUGAUCAUGAAUAUGCAUGAGUUUUCACUCAAGUUAUGCGUCAAAUCGUGGAAGAGAAAACUUUAUUUUUGAUCUUACAGAAACACGAGAGAGUGCUGGAACAGAGCGACUGCGUGAUGGUGCAUAUUUUGCUGAACGAUACGGAUUGGAAAGUAAGCCUUUCCGAAAAAAGAUUAUGCAAAUUUCGAACACUUGUGUUGUUAUGUUUUAUAAAAGGGGAAUUCUCUUGAUUUUUCAGAGCGUGACGGCGUUCGCAGACAUUGAAUCUCCCUGUGAUAUUGUUUCGCAUCGAACCGCACUGGCUAUGAUAGCCUUCGACGAAAAAUACGCCAAGAUUGAGAACGGUUUGGAUACGCCGUCUUCCAACAUAUUCCGAGACGUUGUGAGUUUUCGUUUAUUUCAUAAAGCAAAAGAUUCUUAGAGGAUCUUCGUUGGAAAUUUUUGUAUUGAGUGAGAUUCCAUGCCCACAAAGUGAAUUCAAAAAAGUGAUCAAAAAGCUUCUAUUUGAGGAUAUAGUCACGCACGUUGUCCCGUUUUCCUUUUUGUUAAAAGCACCCUUUACCAAAAUAGAUCAAAAUUGAGCAUCUUCGCUUCUAAGGGGACCUGUGUUUUCUGAUGUAUUUUUAGCAGUGUUGUAAAGCAAAAAAUUAUGUUCACGAAAUUUUUUUCUUUUCUAUUCUUUAAAAACUUGACUAUCUCGCGCAAAACGCGCUUUAUAAAAUCAUGAACAUGAAUUUAGCCACUCGAAUUUGUGCUCUAGUAACAUAUAUCACCAAUGACUGGUUAAAGAAAAAGUUGUAAAAAGCCCAAAAAAUCAGAAAAACACAUCUAGGAAAAAAUUUGAGUUUCUGUUUUUUAUUUUCCUUGAGAGUGAACGUUUCCCAAUGUUUCAGUUAAUAUUAAAAUAGUUGUUUUGAUGCCGUUCUGAAAAAAAUAUAAAUAUUGAAACUUUUUUAGCCGGACGUUUUCGAACGCGAAAAGUUGGAAUCUACACAAGCCGCCCUGUACGGCACUCCUCACUCAUUGGCUCAUCGUUAUCAGAUGGCCAAGGCGCUGACCACCAGUAAGCAUCAUGCCGAAUGCCGAAAGCUGUUUGUUGGUGCGCACUUUCCUCUGUCCAACUUUUCAAUUUUUGUUUGGCUUAUGAGUAGAUUCUGAUGAUUUACCACUAGUUUAGAGUCAAACGAACUUUCGCAGUGCCAUGCUUUACUCAUUAAAUUUGCUUGUGAGUAUUGUGUCGUCGCUUUUGUAACGCGGUUUGUAACGACUAAAAAAAUAAUAUUCUAUCUAAUAGUACUGAAAUCUUUGGAUAAUAUGAGAAUUGUUUUUGAUAACGCUGCAACGUUAAAUGUUGUUUGUAAAACAUAUGAAAUAGAAAUGUUGAUUUACUUGUAGAAAACAAAGGUCUUCAAAAUAAUAUGAUGCAAUAAUUCAAAGUAAUUUUUAAAGGUUUGAAGGUUCAAAAGUUAAGAAAUCAGACGUCAAAACAGGCUUGUGGCAAUUAAGAGUUGAUUGAACCACUCAUAUCUUUUUCCAAAUGUCACAAAAUUAGCUGCAAAAAUUGAAAAAGGUGAUAUUUCAGACGACGGUUCAUCAUCACAUGAGCAAAAUGACUCAGUAUGCUCCGGGGACGAUGAAUCUUACAAAGUCACUUACGCUCGAAAACAGGUUUUUUCUUGGUUCAGACAAAGAAUUUCAGUUUCAUAAAUUGAUUAAAGGCGAAAUGUACAAAAAUUAAUUUUCCGCACAAAUCAAAACGCAUCUGGCAAAAAUUUGUUCUUCAUGUUCAGGUGUUCAAAAAGAAACGAGGAGAACUUGGAAAAAAACGGACUCUAGCACAGGUGGCUCUGAAAAACAAUGCUCCGUGAGUUUUUUGAUAUUUAUGACAUUGUAACAAUCUGUGUGCUGCAGUGAACUACCAGAGGAGGAGCACGAACGUCCACAGCCGACAAAUUCAGGACAACUUAGAAACUUUGAGAGAGCUGUCAAUGGAGAUGAUGUUUAUCAUGUAAUUAAUCAAACUCAUUCAAAUUUUAACGAGGGGCACUUUGUUAAGGAAUGAGAGCUGUGCGUUCAAAACUACCAAGUUUGAUUUCAAUCUUGGGACUGGCAAUUUUAAUUGUAAAUUUGGGUCUGCCACUUUGAAAUUGAACCCUGUCCUGCCAGUUUUUAGUAAGAAUUUAUGACUGCCAGUUCAUAGCUGAUGCAUCAAAACAGUUAUUUGUUAGUUUCAGUUACCUUUCCAUGCGUAAUACUUGCGAAUUUAUGUCUCGAAAAGAUUUUGAACAAAAAAAAAACAAUUCCCUGACUGAUCCGUCUUUUUUCAGGAAUCAUCUGAUGGCGACUCUUUGGGUGAAGAUGAAGAAAUGGAUCUCUUUGUUACAAAACCAAAAAAAGUAGUUCUCAACGGAAUGCAAGCAAAGUUGGCGACCUGCAAGAAACACAUCGAGAAGAAGCCGCCGUCUGAAGAUGAGGCCGGAUUCGAUGUUGCAGAUCUUCUCCGAGCGGCUCCACCGCUUGCGAAAACUGACGAUUUCGAAGACUUCGAUGAUAUUUGA